GACGAAAUGGACACGGUUUGAGGUUUGACUCUGGUUGUCUGAUACUUGGGUUUGUCAUUUUUCUAUGUUCGCCAAUCGUUUAUUGAUUUAUCAGAAAUUUCAAAGUGUUCCAAUCCAAAAAAUCAUAAAUUUUAUUUAACCCAAAUCUUUCUGGUUAGGGUUUCUUAGUUUUUGGUUCCAAUAAGAGUUUUUCAACUGUAAAUGUUGCAUUGAUUAACGCAUCGAAUUGGGGAUUACGCGCUUAAUUUUUUCAGGGUGCUGAUAGCUGCAGCUGGCAUUUUGGUAGUUUAGAAAAUAUGGGACAAUGCUUCCCCAAGGCACACUCCAAUGAAGCUGAUUCAGAACGGUUUGUUGAGUUUGUUGGUGGAAAUGUGCAACCUGUUACCUCCAAAGAGGAUUGGGAUCAGAAGUUGUCUGAAGCAAAGAGAGAUGGCAAGAUUGUAAUUGCAAACUUCAGUGCAGCUUGGUGUGGGCCUUGUAGAAUGCUUGCACCAUUUUAUUGCGAGCUCUCAGAGAAAUACCCUUCUCUGAUGUUCUUGUUGAUAGAUGUUGAUGAACUAACUGUGAAAAAAUACAAAUGGGGUUGUGUGAUGCAGGAGUUAAGCACCUCAUGGGAUAUUAAAGCCACUCCUACUUUCUUCUUUCUUAAAGAUGGGCAGCAAACAGACAAGCUUGUUGGGGCAAACAAGCCAGAGUUGAUGAAGAAGAUUAAUGCCAUUUUAGAUUCGGAGGCCAAUUCUGGGAAAUGACAUUUGUAAUGGUUUCUAUUUGAGAGCAUUUUUGUGUUGUUGUGAAUGUGAGCUUUGGUUGCUUAUUUGUAAACCCCCUCCUCACCCCCCCC